CAUUUUGAAGAACUGACCCAUUCUUCAAGAAUGGCUUCUACUAAGAAUAUAUAUAUGCAAAUCUCCUUUGUUCUAUAAUAGCUUUGUCCUCUGUGUAAGCUCUGAGCAGCUAUGGACAACAAAAACAAUUCUUUUUUAUUCCUUUCUUUGCUGUGCUUAUGCUUCUCUCUCAAAACCCAUCUCUCCUUAGGAGCUGACACCAUCUCUGCAAAUCAAUCCCUCUCUGGAGACCAAACAAUAUCCUCUUCAGGUGGGAACUUUGUGCUGGGAUUCUUCAGACCAGGUAAUAGUUCCAACUAUUACAUAGGCAUAUGGUACAAAAAAGUGACUGAAAAAACUCCUGUUUGGGUUGCAAACAGGGAAACACCAGUUUCUGAUAAAAAUUCUGCAGAGCUAAAAAUCUUGAAUGGUAAUUUGGUACUGGUUAAUGGGUCUAAUACUUCAAUUUGGUCCACAAAUAUUAGUUCUAGCAAGUCCAAUUCUGUGGUAGCAGUUCUCCGAGAUGAUGGUAAUUUAAUCUUGAGAGAUGGGUCUAAUCGUAGGCAUAUUGUUGGAAGUGGAAAAUCAGUGGAGGGUUCAUUGGUGGCAUUUGGUUACAAAGACUUGCAACAUGCUACCAAAAAUUUCUCAGAGAAGUUAGGGGGUGGAGGUUUUGGUUCUGUUUUCAAAGGGAAACUGUCUGAUUCAUCUGCUAUUGCGGUUAAGAGGCUCGAUAGCAUCAACCAGGGAGAGAAGCAAUUUCGAACGGAAGUCAGCACAAUCGGAACAAUCCAACAUGUUAAUCUUGUACGCCUUCGUGGAUUUUGCUCUGAAGGUAACAAGAAGCUGCUGGUUUAUGAUUACAUGGAAAAUGGUUCCCUGGAUUCACAUCUUUUUACCGAGAAGCAGUCAGAUGUUAUGGAUUGGAAAACAAGGUACCAGGUGGCGCUGGGGACAGCUAGAGGCUUGACUUAUCUCCAUGAGAAGUGCAGGGAAUGCAUUAUACACUGUGACAUAAAGCCUGAAAACAUCCUUCUUGAUGCACAAUUAUGCCCCAAAGUAGCAGAUUUUGGCCUGGCAAAGCUUGUUGGGCGCGACUUUAGCAGAGUGCUUACUACUAUGAGAGGAACAAGAGGUUAUCUUGCACCUGAAUGGAUAUCUGGGGUGGCCAUUACAGCCAAAGCUGAUGUUUAUAGCUAUGGUAUGAUGCUUUUGGAAAUCGUAUCAGGGAGGCGAAACUCGGAGCAGUCUCAAGAUGGAAAAGUGAAAUUCUUCCCUAGUUGGGCUGCACGUGUAUUAGCUGAUGAAGGCGACAUCCUUAGCCUAUUGGACUAUAGGCUGGAGAGAGUUGCUGACGCUGAGGAGGUGUCAAGAAUAUGUAAAGUUGCAUGUUGGUGCAUCCAAGAUGAUGAAUUACAAAGGCCCUCAAUGGGGCAGGUUGUUCAGAUUCUUGAAGGAGUUUUGGAGGUGAAUUUGCCUCCUAUCCCACGCUCUCUUCAAGUUUAUGCAGACAACGAUGAGCACAUAGUUUUCUUCACUGAAUCAUCCUCGAGCCAGACUAGUUCACAAGCUCAAAGCAAGACUUCAAGUGCAACAUCUCAAUCCAAAAGCACCACGGAGUCUAUGAAUUCCAGGUCUUGAAUAGGUCUCUCAAUUACUAGUGUUGUAUAUCACUACUAACUAAUUCGAAUACCUAUGCUUAGCUUUGUAUAAUCAAUUAUUGCUUAGCCCUAGCAUCGUCUGUUGUGUUUGCUAGGUUCACUACUUGUUAUUCUAUUCCAUUUCGUACUUUUGGUAAUUUCGUACUUGAUUAACAUUGAUAAUGGCAGCUGCCAUAUGAUAAA